CGUGACAACUUCAGCUCAGCGGUGGCUAAGAACGUGAUCGUGGUCGGCUUGUGGAUCUCCAUCAACUAUAUGAACAGCACGCUUGUCCACACCUUCAUCAAGCAUGAAAUAUUCACUGGAAACCCUCGCUACAUACUCUUUAUCCACAUGGUGCUAAACGACAUGAUCCAACUGACUGUUACAGUAGUCCUUCACGUCUUAAGCUACAUUGUGUUCACUAUCAAUGUCCCUUUCUGCUGUGUUCUAAUAAUGAUCGCCAUAUUCACAACACUCAACACACCAUUGAACCUCGCGACCAUGGCUAUAGAGCGCUACAUCGCUAUCUGCAACCCUUUGCGACACACUCAGAUAUGUACUGUUCGCAAAACAUACGUUCUUAUAGGUCUACUAUGGGCUUUGAGUGUCAUUCAAGUUCUACCAGACUUGUUUAUUCUUUUAGCAACACAACCUUUAAGCUUUUUCUACACCACUGUUUCCUGCUACAGAGAUAACCUGUUCAAUAAUCCAUAUGUGAUCGAAAAGAGAAACAUCAUGUACAUUAUCUACCUGUCUUUUGUGUGGGUCACAAUAGCCUAUACAUAUUUGAAGAUACUGUUUGUUGCAAAGGCCGUAAACUCUCACGCUCGCAAAGCCCAGAGUACCAUCAUCCUACAUGGAAUUCAGCUUCUGAUGUGCAUGCUUACUUUUGUUGGGCCGUUCCUUGACAGGCUGCUCCAGAAUAUCUUUCCAAUGUUUAUUUUGGAGAUGAGAUUUGUGAGUUAUUUAAUAAUCCAAAUUAUACCCAGGUUUAUCAGUCCUAUUGUGUAUGGGGUGAGGGAUCAAACCUUUUGUAAUUAUUUUAAAAGAUAUUUACUGUGCACAAUGUUCAAGGCGAGAAAUAAAAUCAACACUCAAAAGAUUGGCAAAAGAUUCCAAUAA